CCCAUUAUAUUCGGGCUUUGUUUACAGAUCACUUAAGAGGACGCCUAGGUUAUUCUCAUGCCCAAACACUACCUUUAUCUUCUCUCUUUCUCUCUCUAAAAACUCAAAAAAGAAAAAACCCCACAAUCCCCUGGCUUCCACUUCUUACAAGAUCUAACGAGUGAAAAGGCUUCCUUUUCGGAUCUUGAAACCGACCCAAAUACUGUUUUAAAUGGAUGAAUGCAAGAAUGAUAAUGAUUUGGCUAGUAAUGCUACGGAAUUAUCGACUAGUGAACAUGCAGAUAGUGAGAAAACCACAAAAGCAACGACCCCAGUUGUUGUCGACGCCGUAGCCAGUGAGGAGGCUGAGGGUCUGGGUAAGGGUAAUAUUGAGGGUUCUUCAAGGGAUCAUGUGGUGGCAAAGGAAGGAGGAUCUUGUAAUGGAGAUGAAGUAAUGGUUAGGGGGUCUUCAAGCGAGGAUGUUGAUGGUGGGUGCACAGGCAAUUUGGGUGAUGGAGGUGGAGGGGGAGGGAGAAAGGAAACUGCUGCUUGUGGUCAUGCCGACGGAGAUGCGCAACAUUCAGAUUUUAGUGGUGUAGUUGGUGAUUCAGGGACACAUGAGAAUAGGGGUUCUGGUGUUGAGGCAUCAAACUCAGAAGUUGAGUCUUCUAAGGUUGCAGAAUCUGAAGAAGGGAAACCAGCUGAGGGCGGGGAGAAGGAGAGGCAGGUGAGUGGCCAUGGUGAUGAGACUUCACAGGAAGUUCAGGAGUUUGCAGAAUCUAAAGGAAAAGGUAAACCGGUAGAGGGUGGAGAGGAAGAGAUGGAGGUUGGCGGAGAUGGUGGUAAGACUUCAUCUAAAGUCGAGGAUGCAGAUACUGAUGCUGAUGCUGAUGCUCAGUGUGUGAGAAUUGUAAGUGGGAUUGGUGGGGAAGCCCAAGCUAUAGUAGAAGAAGCGACUAUUGUUACGGAUGAGGAGAGUUUGAAAAGGGAAUUGGUAGAGGAGGGUGUUGAGGGAGUUGGGAUUGAUGUUAGUCAGAAAGUGAGUUCUCGACUAGUUGGGCUGUCAGAGAAUGAAUCUCAGGAUCAAAGAGCUGAAAGUGGAGCAGGAGGUCCUUCCAUGGCAGUAGGUUCUUCAGUAGGUGAAACCCAAGUUAUAGAGAAAUGUGAAUUGGUUGAGGAAGCUGCGGGUAGGGCCGAGGAAAAAGAUGGCAAUGUGAACGAUGCACUUCAGGAUUCAGAGACGCAAGAGGUGCUUGUUUUGCAUAACGAAGUGUGGAAUUCUGUUACUGAAACUGCAGUUGUAACUUCUCCAGCUGUGGAAGAUAUGAAUGUAGAGACCAAAGUUGUUGAGGAAGUUGUGGUGAUGGCCAAUAAUGAAGGUUUAGAUCCCAAGGUUGAAGCAACUAGGAGUGAUGCUUUGAAGGGAGAACUUGCUGGUGAUUUAGAGGGGAUUAUCUCAACUUCUGAAAGUUCACCAGUUUUAACAGAAAAAGACAGCAUUGCCAACCCAGACUCGGAAUUGUUGGAUGAACAAACACAAGUUGCCAUUGAAGGGAGGGUUUCAUCAACUGACGACAAAAAUAUAACAUGUCCUAACAAUGAAGGUAUGGACACUGAUGCUUUUAGUGAAAGUUUUUGUUUUUCAGUGGAAGAACUGCAGGGAACAUCUGAGACAGCCAAUGGGAGCACUGAAAAUGGCUAUAAUGCAUGUGCAGAUUCACAAUCUUCGUAUCAACCAGCUCAAGUAGUUGUUGGAGCUGUAGUUGUAGCAAAGGAAAACAAUGUGCUUCUGAAUCCUGAAAAGAAUAAAAAAGCAAUAACUGCGUGCAUAGUUAAUAACGCUGAAGAAGCUGAUCUACAGAAAGAGCAAGUAAUAACAGUUUGCCAACAGCAGAAAGUUGAGACCAUUAAUGGAAGCACUGAAAUAAGGACUAAGACAACAUGUGGAGGGAUGGAAAUGGAUGUUGAAACGGCUUUGACACACAACGAUGAGGUUUUGACCUCACGUACUGAAGUUCCAGAUCCUUCUGUAAAAGAUCAACAGUUGAAGCCUGAAGAAGGUUUAGACAAAAGUGCACCCAGUGAUCCUGCUCAUGUUGAUUCAAUCAAAGAACAACUGAUGGAAGUUCAAGAACAGGCUACUCGUGCUAAAGAAUUUGGAGGGGAGAAGAAAAACCUAGAAGAACAGAACUCACAUGCCGAAACAGCAUCCGUGUGCACAGAAACAGAUAGCCAGCUCAUGGAUGUGGGGGAAAAUGUUAUCGCAAGCAAUGAGGAAGCUUUGAUUUCCAAAACUGAACUCAAGGAGCUUGCUGAAAGCGAUCAGCAAUUAAAGGUCGAGGAAGGUUUGGAUGAGGGUGCAUCUCAUGGUCCUUUUGAGAUUGUUUCAAAUGCAGGGCAAGAAAUGACAAAUGAAGAACAUGUUCUUGAUGCUGAACAGGUUGAUUUACAAGGGCAAGAAAUGGAAGUUGAAGAACAGGAUACUGACACUGAACAGCUGAACACCAUGGAGGAGAAAUCUUCUAAAUUGUCAGUGUUAAAGCCUGGAAGCUCAGAGAAAGAAGAUCAAGCUUGUUAUCUGCUGCCGCCAGAUAAUGAAGGUGAGUUUUCUGUAUCAGAUUUGGUCUGGGGUAAAGUAAGGAGUCAUCCUUGGUGGCCUGGACAGAUAUUUGAUCCAUCAGAUGCCUCCGAGAAAGCAAUGAGGUAUCAUAAGAAGGACUGCUAUUUAGUAGCAUAUUUUGGGGACCGCACAUUUGCAUGGAAUGAAGCAUCUUUGCUAAAGCCUUUCAGGUCACACUUCUCUCAGGUUGAGAAGCAGAGCAAUUCGGAAGUAUUUCAGAAUGCUGUUGAUUGUUCUCUGGAAGAAGUUUCCAGACGAGUUGAGCUGGGUCUGGCUUGCUCAUGUCUGCCAAAGGAUGCCUACGAUGAAAUCAAAUGUCAGGUAGUUGAAAAUACUGGAAUCCGGCCAGAGGCAAGUACAAGAGAUGGUGUUGACAAAGAUAUGAGUGCUGAUUUGUUUCAACCAGAUAAAUUAGUGGAUUAUAUGAAAGCAUUAGCGCAAUCUCCAUCUGGUGGGGCUAAUAGAUUGGAGUUUGUGAUUGCAAAGUCUCAGUUGCUGGCCUUCUAUCGAUUAAAAGGUUACUCUGAACUGCCUGAAUAUCAGUUUUGUGGAGGGUUGUUGGAGAAGUCAGAUGCUUUACAAUUUGAGGAUGGAUCGAUUGAUCACACAUCUGCUGUUUAUGAGGACCAUGGGCAAAUUUCAUCGGGUGAGGAGAUUUUGCAAACUCAAAGAGGCUCUUCUCACAAACGCAAACAUAAUCUGAAGGAUAGCAUCUAUCCCAGGAAAAAAGAGAGAAACUUGUCUGAUUUGAUCAGUGACUCGUGGGAUUCUGUGGGUGAUGAAAUUGGGUCUGAUGGGAAAGCAAACAGUAUGCUAGUUUCCCCUUCUGGCAAGAAAAGAAAAGGCUCCGAUACCUUUGCUGAUGAUGCAUACAUGACAGGACGGAGGAAGACUAUAUCUUUUGCAAAAGUGUCUUCAACCGCAUUGAAGCCCUCCUUCAAGAUUGGCGAAUGCAUCCAAAGAGUUGCUAGCCAAAUGACUGGGUCUCCUUCUAUCCUGAAGUGUAAUAGCCCUAAGGUAGAUGGAAGCAGCGAUGGGCUUGUUGGAGAUGGAUCUGAUGCUUCGUUUUUGCAUUCUGAGGAUGCUGAGAUAAAGAGAAUAAUAGUUCCAACAGAAUACUCAUCACUUGAUGAUCUGCUAUCACAACUUCACUUGACAGCACAAGAUCCCUUGAAAGGAUAUGGUUUCUUGAACAUCAUCAUUAGCUUCUUCUCUGAUUUCAGGAACUCAGUGGUCAUGGACCAGCAUGAUAAAGUAUCUGGUAAGAGAAAAACAUCCCAUUCUUCUGGUGGUUUUCCUGAAACAUUUGAAUUCGAGGAUAUGAAUGACACUUAUUGGACAGACCGGGUUAUUCAAAAUGGUUCUGAAGAGCAACCACCACGUAAAAGUAGGAAAAGGGAUAAUCUUUUUGUGCCUGUUGUUCUGGAUAAACCCAGUGGUAGGUCAAACUCUAGGAAACAAUAUUCUGAUAGCAAUUAUGAUGUAUCAGCUCAGAAACCAGCUGGUUAUGUGGAUGAGAAGGCUCCGGCAGAGCUUGUAAUGCAUUUCCCUGUGGUGGAUUCUGUUCCUUCAGAAAUAAGCCUAAAUAAGAUGUUCAGACGCUUUGGACCUCUAAAAGAAUCCGAGACAGAAGUUGAUAGGGAUACCAAUCGUGCCAGAGUAAUUUUCAAGAGGUGUUCAGAUGCAGAAGCUGCUUAUGGCAGUGCUCCCAAGUUCAACAUUUUUGGUCCGAUUCUUGUGAAUUACCAGCUCAACUACUCUAUAUCUGUUCCUUUUAAAACUCCACCUCUAUUCCAAGAUGAGGAAGAUGCCACUCUUUUUCUUCAAUAUUGAAGUUGAUCUGGUAUGAAACUCAGAUGUCUUAGCUUUACUUCCCCAUCAGAAAUAGGAGGCAUGGAUCAAAUUCCUUCUCAUUCUAAAGUAUUAUUUUUCCACCCCUUGUGUUUUGAUGCUAUUACUUAUUUUAUUAUUGCUGCAAUUGUUUUGUUUUUUUUUUAUUUUCACUUUACCUUUUUUGCAAAUAUUUUUAAUUUACCACUUCAUUUUUUUUUAAUUAAACAAGAAGUGCAUCAUGGUGAUGCUAAAUAACUCAAUGCCGUUUCUAAAUAAAUAAAGAAAAGAACUCAUAGGUAUAUCCAUGUAUGCCCUUGUUUAUUUUACAAAAUAGUAAUGCUUGGAUAGUUAAUAAAUGUAUUUUUAAAAUCUUAAAAAUUUCCAAUGAACUGAAUUAUACAUGUGCGAAUGCACAUGCCUAAGUUACCAGCAAUAUUAAAUAUUUGAAUUUGUUCAUGGGAGGAGAGAAUGUCUGAAAACCAAGAAAUUUUGCAGAAAAAAAUUGUAGGAGAUAGGCAUCUCGUCUUCUGGGAGUAGCAAGUUUCUGGAGUCUGGAACACUUGGGUGGAAAUACAUGUUUGUGUUUGUGUGUGCAUGUCUUUCAUUGGAAAAUAUGCACUCUCACUGAAGUUGGAAGUACUCAUCAUUUGCCAAGAGCAUGAAUCGGCCUUAAAGUUCUCCCUUUCAAAAAUUGAAAACAUUUUGAUGAAAAGUAAGCCUGGCUUUUAGAUGGUUGUAACAUUCUGGAGAUUAACCUUAAGUUUUGACUUCUUAUCAGUCACUGCUGCAGCACGCUAUUGCUCCUUUUCACUUGUUUUGCUUCAUUACUUGUAUAAAAUGCUGUUUGUUUA